UUACAAGUCGUGCUGAAUGCCAUCCUUCGAGCCAUGAUACCUCUGUUACACAUCGCAUUAUUAGUAUUAUUUGUAAUUUUGAUCUACGCCAUCAUCGGGAUAGAAUUAUUCUGUGGCAAGCUGCAUUCCACCUGUGUUGAUCCAGCUACGGGUCAGCUAGCACAAAAAGAUCCUACACCAUGUGGAAAUGAAGGCUCUGCAUUUCAUUGUGUUCCAUCGGAUGCAUUGACAAAUAUGGGUGUAAAAUGGGAAUGUUCAGCGAAUACCACUUGGCCAGGUAAAUUUUCUUAG